AUGGCUCACAACUCUGUCGAAGGCCAUGGCUCCAAGCCAAGUGCUCAUGUCAAUCAUGAUGCUGCUGGCAGUAGCACCGAGACUGCACCACUGCUCCCAUCAUCCCAACAACAUCACACGCCGCACACAUUCGGAGAUGGCAUAGCACAUGAAGGCGAGAGUGGCCGCAGCGGCUUCCACAUUCGUCACUUCUUCUCCGUAGUAUGGCGCUCUUCAAGCUACGCAUCGAUGGCCGUCAACAUCCUGUGGCCGUUCGUCAUCAUCGCCAUUGUUCUGAAGUAUACUACCGAUGCUCAUCUGUGGAUAUUCGCCAUGUCCUAUGUGGCAAUGGUGCCAGCCGCGAACUUGCUUGGAUUUGCUGGACAGGAGUUCGCACGCAAAAUGCCCAAGGUGGCGGGUAUUCUCAUCGAGACCACUUUCGGAUCUGUUGUUGAGAUCAUACUUUUCGUGGUGUUGAUUGCAAAGCACAAGUCUGGGAGCUCGGAGGAAAAUGGCGACGAGGGCAACCUCAUACCGAUCAUCCAGGCUGCAAUCCUCGGCUCUGUUUUGACAAAUCUUCUUCUAUGUCUCGGACUCUGCUUCUUCGUGGCAGGCAUUCGCCGCCAUACGGCAAACCAAAAGUUCCACGCUGUGGUGUCUGAAGUUGGGACAGGCCUUCUUCUUGUUGCAGCUUUCGGCCUACUCAUUCCCAGUGCUUUCUACUCCGCCCUCAAGACCGAGACCGUCUCGGUCUUACAUGACAGAUUCACACAAGGAAAGCUCCAGGACGAUGUUCUCGAAAUCAGUCGCGGGACUGCUAUUGUCCUGAUUGUCGCCUUCAUUCUCUAUUUGAUAUACUCAUGCACUUCGGCCCACUCCAUCUUCGACGAAGUCAUCGAAAUGGACGAGCAUGCGGAUGCGGAUCGAGAGCAAGAUGCUGCAAAGAUGAAGCUGACAAUGACGGAAACGUUGGUGGCGCUGGUCAUCUCGGUUGCCUUCGUGGCAUGGCUUCUUGUGAUCUUGGUCGGCGAGAUAGAGGAAGUCGUGGAAAGCGGCGUCCCUGACCAGUUCCUCGGCUUGAUUCUCCUUCCUCUUGUGGAAAAGGCAGCAGAACAUCUCACUGCCAUUGACGAAGCCUGGGAUGGUGUGAUCAACGUCGCGCUGUAUCAUUGCAUUGGACCGUCCAUCCAGACAGCACUGUUCAACGCUCCCGUAGUAGUCCUUGUCGGUUGGGCAAUGGGCAAGCCUAUGGAUCUCAACUUCGAGAUCUUCAUGAUCGGUCUACUCGUACUCUCAAUCUUGGUUGUCGGUAACUUCCUGAGAGAUCAAGAGUCGAACUGGCUCGAGGGUUCGCUUUUGGUGAUUGUGUACCUGAUCAUUGCGAUUGCGUCCUUCUACUAUCCCAAUCCGGACGUUGCCACUUCCAACGACAUUAAGGAGUCUCUCCAGCGGAACAUCACGAUUCCUGCUCACCUCUACGAACAACUUGUGGCAGCUAUUCAAGAUGGGCAUUGA